CCGUCUCUCGUGAUCUCUCUCUUUCUCUCUCUGAGAUUAAACCAAUGGCUUAUGUAUUAUUAACCCUUGUUGUCCUGACCCUCGCUGUGGCCGACAAAGCUCAUUGCAUCAGAGUCCCGGAUCGGAUCUCCGAACCCGCGAGGGACCCGCCAAGCGGCCAGCCCUUGAAAACUGCGGUUUUCGCUCUCGGAUGUUUCUGGAGAUCCGAGGCCGUGUUCGGGUGCUUCAACGGCGUCGUAAGGACCACCGUGGGUUACGCCGGCGGAUCCAAACUCAACCCGGAGUACAGAAGCUUGGGCGACCACGCCGAGUCCGUCCAGGUUGAAUAUGAUCCCAGGCUGAUUAAUUUCAGAAAACUUUUGGAGGUCUUUUGGUCCAGUCAUGAUUCUAGGCAAGUAUUCGGGCAAGGCCCUGAUGUGGGUAUUCAGUACAGAUCUAUUAUUUUUACUAAUGGAACUGAAGAAUCUAGAUUGGCUGCUAUAAGCAAAGAAAGAGAGCAAACUAAGUCAAAGAUCAGCCUUGUUACUACUCAGAUUCAACAGCUUGGAACAUUUUAUCCUGCAGAGCCUGAACAUCAGAAAUUUGAGCUCAAGCGAAAUCCCUUCCUUCUUCAGCUAAUUGGAAAUCUACCGGAAGAGGAGCUUGAGAGAUCAAGUCUGGCUGCAAAACUAAACGGCUAUGCUGCAGUCCUUUGCCCUCCAACGAUUCAGAAGCAGAUUGAUGCAAAGAUAAAUGAUAUUAUGAGAAAGGGUUGGCCUAUUUUAAGAGAAGUGUAGCUUGCCUUUGGGGCCUAACUUUAGAUGACUAUACUUCAGCUGACAAGCUCUAGCUAUGUUGCAACAAUCAAUUUGCUUGUUUUCCGAGCUGUGUUGUCGAGAAUCUCAAGCUGUGGGAGAGAUAAGCCGGCUGAGUUCAUUGAUUCAACGAGCUGGUAUCUGAGUCUCCUUGAAAUUGUAUCAGGGGUGUUUGGUUGAUGGAGAUUUUAACCUCAUAUGUACCUUGAUGGUUGUUCUACGGGAAAUUUUUGGCCGUGUAACUAUUAUUAGCUUGUGUUUGUGUCUCUUUCUUUUUGCAUGAUCGUGAUUGUGAUUCUUAGACAUAGGCCUUGGGUCACUUUUGGUGUAAUUUAAAUAGUCAUUUGAAAAGGAAAAGAUUUUUCCUUCAAACUAAAUUGAAAGAAAUUCCUCUAUUUUGUCUA